AUGGGCAAACGCAGACGCAGCCGCGGAAACGCCAGCGUGUCGGCCGGCGACGAUUCGGCGGCGGCGCAGCAGAACGAUCAGCCGGAUGUCAAGAAGAUGAAGCAGGACACCCCGAAGCAACAGAAGGCCGACCGCUGGGCGGCCGUCGAGGAUGGCAGCGCCGUUUCGGCAGCUGCAAUCUUCUCGAAUGGGCACGCCGAGGAGAACGUGGCCCCGAAGCAGCAGCGGCGGCGCAGAGACCGCCGAACUUUUGUCGAGGUCGACAAUGCCGACCGCAUGCCCGAAUCGUCGAAGAAGCACAAGCUGAAGCUGCACAAGACGGAUGCCAAGAAGGCGGCCGACAAGUUGAAUGGGGCCAGUGAGCCGGUGGCGGAAACGCUGCGGAACGGCGCCGCCAAGCCGACCAUCAAGGAAUUCACCGUCAAGGGCCACCAAGAGAUCGUGAUCGUCGAAGAGGUGGAGACGAAGACGCUCGAUGGAGGAGCCAAAACGAAGCGCACGAUCCGGGAAGAGAUGACGUCGGUGGAGGGCGUCGACUACAUCGUCCAAGACCCCGACGACGAGGCCGAGGCGGCCGAGGAGGAGCUCGUCGAGCUCAGCGACGACGGCUCGGAGGGCGAUGAGGAUGGCAGCGAUUUGGCUGAAUUCAUUCGCAUGGACGAGCUGGGCAGCGACGACGAGGAGGACGAGUCGGACGUGUCGUACGUCGACGGAAUGGAAUCGCUGUCCUCAGCUUCGGAGGUGGAUGAAGAUGAGGAGGCCGAACUUGGCGGCGAUGGCGAUUCGAUCGACCUGGACGAGGAUCAAGUCCAUUUUCUGCACGAUUCGCCGGAUGAGGGUGAUGAACAAGACGAGGAAGAAGAUGACGAUGAUGAUGAUGAUGAUGAGGAUGAGGAAGAAGACGAAGAAGAGGAUGAAGAAGAUGAUCAAGUUUUCGAAGGUCUCGACCUCUCCGGGGAAUCUGACGAUGAGGAAGACGGGCUCGGCUUUGUCGUCGACCGGAAGGCGGUGGUGGUUGGCCCCACCGCGCAGAAGCAAGGAAAAGCCAAGCAGCUCGACUUCUCGGCUUUCCCGUUCCAGGGCCCCGAUUCGACCGUCUCCUCCACGAAGGCGUUCGCCUGGCUGAUUGCCAACUGUGACGUCCAGACGUUCUUUGCCGAUUUCUGGCAGCAAAACGCGCUGGUCGUCCGCCGCGGCCACCCCGGCUACUACGGCAAUUUGCACGACUUGGCCCAGUUCAGCGACGUCAUGUCAAAGGAGCACAUGGAGUACGGGAAGAACAUCAACGUGGCCGAGUACCGCGACGGCGUGCGCUACACGAUCAACGGCACCGGACGCGUCUACCCGCGGCACGUACAGAAGCAUUUGGCGGAUGGCCACUCGGUGCAGCUGGUGAACCCGCAGACCUUCUUCCCGCGCGUCUGGUACCUGUGCGACCAGCUACAGGAGAUUUUCGGGUGCUUCGUCGGCGCCAACACCUACAUGACUCCGGCCGGCUCCUCUGGCUUCGCGCCCCACUGGGACGACAUCGACGCGUUUCUGAUGCAGCUGGAGGGCAGGAAGUUCUGGAAGGUGUGGGCCCCCAACACCGAAGAGGCCAGUCUCCCCAGGCUUAGCUCUGGCAACUUCUCGGACAAGGACAUGAAGGGCCGACAGCUGUGCUUCGAGGGAUGGCUGGAACAGGGGGAUAUGCUCUAUCUGCCUCGCGGCUUCAUCCACCAGGGCUCGGCCUCCCCAGACGUACACUCUUUCCACAUCACCGUCUCCGUCGGCCUCAGCCAUUCGUUCGCCGAUCUGCUCGAGAAGAUUGUGCCCACCGCCGUCGAGGAGGUCAUCGCCUCCAGCUCAAAGGUGCGCCGCAGCAUCCCGCCCGGCUACCUGGACAUGACCGGCGUCGCCGAGCUCGUCUACCGCAACGAGGAGCAGGAGGAGGAGAAGCUUGCCGUGCCAAUCGUCAAGAUGGCCUCUUCCCUCGGUCGCCGCAUCCGGUCCAGCGUGCACGUGGCCGUCGAUCUGAUGGCCCGCGAAUUCAUGCGCACCGCUCUGCCGCCGAUGCUCACCGAGGAAGAGAGACGCCUCUCCGCCGUCGGUGCCGUCGAUUUCCUGGGGGGUCGCAAGCUGAAGCUGAAUGAGAAGACACGCGUCCGCUUCAUUCGACGUCACGCACAGCGGCUGAUUUUCGAGUCGGAGACGUCUGCCUUCGUCGUCCAUCGUAUGUCGAACUCGCUGGAAUACGGCGGACGCCCCGAACAACAAUUCGCCUUUGAUUUGGAGUUGGAAGAGGGCUUCAUCCAGCUGCAAAGUGCCUAUCCGGAAUGGACGACGCUUGGCGAGCUGUCCCUGGAGAAGCGCCAGGCCCUGCAGCUUAUUCGUCUACUCUUCGACCACGGCCUCGUCAUGGCCGACAACAAA